AUGGAGCUCAAGCGACAAAUUGCGAAAACGGUGGACAACGUUUGGUUUCAGUUUCUCUGCAAAGUUUGCCAGGCAGAUGAUUAUUAUAUCGUAUUGUUCAACCAGAAAUUGCCAGGCCGUUCAAUUGGUGUAUCUCUUACGAGUGAAAAUCUUGGUAGUGAUUUGUCGGAGGAGGAUCUGCCUCUGCCACCAAACUGGGCUGUAGAAGUGACACCAGAAGGAAUUCGGUAA